GUGAUGCUCCACAUUGAACUUCCAGGUGUUCAGUGUUGCGACGUGAGGUAGUGCCUGAGAUAGAGCUGUCUGGUUGUAAUCUCAGCCGUGCGCUACAACUAUCUGGCGCCAUACUCUUGUAGACUCCUAGCCUCUUCCUACCCCCCGAGUCGCACCUGGACGUUUCGUGGUUUUGUAAAUUCCACUUGGUCAACACCCCCCUCCAUCCUCCAACCCCGAACACGACCGCGACGACCUCGGAGCUCGCAACGUCCUACUGCCAGAAAAACAGCUCAUUACGGAAGGGUACCGCCUCAACGCUUGCCAAUUGAAAGCUCACGACAAUGGUGGUCCUCGCCGCGUCGAUAUGCACACGAGGCGGCAAAGCCGUCCUCUCGCGCCAGUUCCGUGAGAUGCAGCGCUCUCGCAUUGAAGCCUUACUCGCCUCGUUCCCCAAGCUCGCCGACAGCAACACCCAGCAUACCACUUGUGAGCAGGACAACGUGCGCUACGUAUACCAGCCUCUGGAUGAGCUGUACAUGGUACUGAUCACCAACCUGCAAUCCAAUAUCUUGCAGGACAUCAACUCGCUACACCUUUUCGCCCAGGUUGUCUCGUCAACAUGCAAGUCCCUUGACGAGCGCGAGAUUUUGAGAAACUCAUUUGAGCUCCUCACCGCCUUCGAUGAGAUCGUCACGUUGGGAUACAGGGAGAAUCUCACCAUGAGCCAGAUCAAGACAUUCUUGGACAUGGAGUCGCACGAGGAGCGCAUCCAGGAGAUCAUCGCAAGGAACAAGGAGCUCGAGGCUUCCGAGGAACGCAAGCGUAGGGCUAAGCAGCUGGAGAUGCAGCGCAAGGAAAUGUCAAGGUCUCAGCGCGCUGGAGCUGGAGGUAUGGGAGGCGGUAUGGGAGGCGGUAUGGGCAUGGGCCGCCAGUCUUCGUAUCCUGCAUUCACACCCAGCGCGCCCACGCAGACGGUGCCAGAUACAUACGACAGCUACGAAGCAUCAAAGAAGGCACCAGCCAAGCCGCUCGCACUGGGGAAGAAGGGCAUGCAGCUCGGCAAAAAGAACAAGACGAACAGCGCAUUCGACCAAAUCGCUGGCGACCUGCCACCCGAGAGCGAGCCCCUCGUUGCGCCCAAGACUUCAGCGCCCACCGCUGUUGCCCCCGCUAGCGCCCGCCAGUCUACAUCUACCGAUCGCGAAGCCAUUCACAUCACUACCAAUGAGACCAUCUCCGCACGACUCGAUCGCGAGGGUCUGCUCAAGUCCUUCGAAGUCAAGGGUGAGAUGCAGCUUAAGAUCUCUGACGCUUCCCUCACACAAGUCAAGCUUGACCUACAGACUGGCGACACAAGAGGUGCUCAACUAAUGACACAUCCCAAGGUCGACAAGGCUGUAUUCAAGAAUGACAAGGUCAUUCAGCUUGCAGAUACCACGAAGGGCUUUCCCUCAAACAUGGGUAUUGGCGUCAUGAAGUGGAAGCUUGCACCCCGGCCUGAUGAUGUCUCGGACCCACCGAUCACUUUCCGCGUUUGGGUCGAGGAGUCGGGCAGUACAUUCAACAUCACUGUUGAGUAUGAGCUUACUGGCAGCGACCCACUGAAGGACGUCACAGUCACGAUUCCCUAUGAGACCGACGAGCCUAAUGUUGGUUCCUUCGAUGCUGUGUACGAGGUCAGCGGUGACAGUCUUGAAUGGAACAUUGGUGCUGUCGAUGAGAGCAACAGCUCAGGCAGUUUUGAGUUCGAAGCACAGGCUGGCAGCGAUUCUGAGUUCUUCCCUAUGCGUGUAAGAUUCAACAAGAGCACACCAUUUGUCGACGUUGAUGUUUCGAAUGUUACCCUUCUCUCCAUGAACCAAGAAAUUGGCUUCACCAAGGAUGUCAAAUCCACCACCGAUGUAUACGAGAUUGUGUGAACGUAGUGCGAUGCGAGGGUAUCAGAGGAGUCUGGACGGGCGGCUGAAAAGGCAUAGACAAGAGCGGAAUUGAACGAAUGUAAUGAGCGCAUCAGCUACUUCCAUGCUGAUUCGCGAUUACCGGCCUACCACUUGCAACCACAUUACCAGACGCACGACAGCGCCUAUGUGACAGUUCAGCCUGUCUUAUUGCAGCUCUAAUUGAUCUUCGGUAUUACAGUUGCGCUUGUAGGGCGGGUCAUGUUUGUCGUGUGCUGAACAUUUACCAGCGUGAUUACUAUAUGUCCAAACGCCAAAAAUAGGAAGCACGAGCACAAAGGGACUUCAACGCCGUUUCGCGCAGUAAUGCAAUAGUCAAUUUUGUGG